GCGUGCCCGGGCGCGUUCAUUGAGGAGUUGAAGGUGUGCGGUACGGACUCGUUCAGCCGACUCGUUUGUUAAUGAAUGGAUCAGUCUUGUUUCAGUACAGAACAGCGUCGUUCCUGUCAGACGAUGAACCCGGAUUUGUUUAAGUCGUGUCCGGAGAACUCUCCGCUCGCGCCGACACAGAAACCGAACCGGAGCAAAUGUGAACAAACCAAAGUGGAGCUCGCGCAGGUGGUGAUCGACCCGAAGACCGGACGAUCCUACUCCAAAGGAAAGCUUUUGGGAAAGGGAGGGUUUGCUCGAUGUUAUGAGAUGACCGAUCUUUCGAGCAACAAGAUGUACGCGGUGAAGGUGAUUCCACAAAGCCGAGUGUCCAAGCCACACCAGAGAGACAAGAUAACGAAUGAAAUCGAGCUGCACAAAACCCUCCAGCACAAACACGUCGUCAAGUUUUCUCAUCAUUUUGAGGACCAGGACAACAUCUACAUCUUCCUCGAGCUCUGCAGCAGAAAGUCCUUGGCACAUAUUUGGAAAGCACGACACACCCUGACAGAUCCUGAAGUACGUUACUACCUCAGGCAAAUCAUUUCUGGCCUCAAAUACCUCCAUAACAAAGGAAUCCUCCACCGAGACCUCAAACUAGGCAAUUUCUUUGUGAAUGAGAACAUGGAUUUGAGACUGGGAGAUUUUGGACUGGCAGCAAAGCUGGAGACUGUUGAGCAAAGGAAAAAAACUAUCUGUGGGACUCCAAACUACCUAGCACCAGAAGUAUUAAAUCGUCAAGGACAUGGGACUGAGUCAGAUGUUUGGUCACUGGGUUGUGUGAUGUACACACUUCUGUGUGGGAACCCUCCAUUUGAAACGUUAGACUUGAAGGAAACGUACAAAUGCAUCAAAGAAGUGAAGUAUACUCUUCCACCGUCACUCUCUGCAGCAGCACAAAAGUUAAUCUCUGCAAUCCUUCAAAAGAACCCCAGUGACCGCCUUACUCUUGACCAGAUCCUGGCUCAUGAAUAUUUCAGCAAGGGCUUCACUCCGGACAAACUUCCACCUACCGCAUGUGUGAUGGUGCCGGAGCUCAACCCACCCAGCCCUGCCAAGAAGUUCUUCACCAAGAUGGCCAAGAGCCUCUUUCGCAAGAAGAAAUCCAAAGCAGAGAAGAACCCCAGUGAGGACAAGGAGGACAUCUCCAAGCUUGUCUCGGGCAUAGUGAAGCACUCGAUUAGCCGACAGAUCAGCUACAAGACCGUGGGAGUGAAUGAGGUUGCAUCUCCAGCGGGUCAGUUGGCUGUUUCAGGGCCCUUAGACACACCAGCUGAGGACGUGUCCAGAAAGUCCACAUCCCGUUCCUUCAAAGGCACAGUGGCCAGCAGUACUGAUGGGUGUGAAGACCUACUGACCCCAGCUUCUGUGGCUGAGGCCACCAUGAAGGUCCUCAUUAAUUGCUUAUCCUCCAUGCCAGCAGCAUCUAGGAACACUCCAUGUGUCACAAAGCCUAAACCUUUUGUCUGGGUGACCAAGUGGGUGGACUACUCCAACAAAUAUGGUUUUGGCUACCAGCUUUCCAAUCAGAAUGUCGGAGUCCUCUUCAACGAAGGCACUCAUCUGAGUCUGUGUGACCAGCGAAGGGUAGUUCGUUAUUGUUUGACCAACAAUAAACACUUCACCUUCCAAGCGGAUACAUUACCCGAACAGCUCCAGAGCCAGAAACACAUUGUGGAGCUGAUGGCCAACUACAUGGAGCAGAAUCUCAUGGAGGGUGGAGAUCUGGGUUGUGAUGAGCAGCCAUCUCCUACUGACUGUCCCCUUCUGCUGCAGUGGAUGAAGACCGACCAUGCUUUAGUUAUGCUUUUUAACAAUGGUUCUCUACAGGUGAACUUCUACACUGAUCACACCAAGGUGAUCAUGUCCAAGUUGGCAGACACGUACUUGUUGACCUAUGUUAGUCGUGAGCGGAUCUCUUCCUCAUAUUCUCUGAACACACUCUGUGAGCAUGGCUGCUCCUCUGAUCUGCGUCACCGGCUCCAUUACGUGGUGCAGCUGCUGCAGCACUACAACAAAACAUAAACGAACCACAAGAAAGGACUAAAACCUCAAGGUUUAAGACUGAAACCACAUCUGGAGAAGCUUGCAUCUCGCCACAAAAGUUCUCCCAACUUAUAUUCUGGCCUCCUUGGACUUAUGGUGCACUGUUUUUUGGAUUUAUUUUCUUUUCCUUUGUCACACCGACACUACCACUCGACUUCACAAAUGUACACAACAAAGUGACAAGGAGAUGAAGAGAACUUGCGUGAUGAGGAUGAGGCUUUCUGUUUUGAUCACCUGCCUUCCCCUUUAUUUAAUGCAAACCUUUUAUUAUUUCACUUAACGGUACACAUCAAGCAUGGAAAGCCGGUGAUUCUAAACAUUUUAAGGAGAGUGAUUUAGCUUUAAGCCUGGAGGGGCUAGUAGCUGCAAUCUGCGGCUGGACCAGCUGUACCUCGUGUUGAGAUGUGAAGGGAGAGUAAAGUGCCUUUCUGAGGGAUGUCUUCUGGGUUGUGCAAUAAUGGCCCUUCUGUAUCUUAAGCUCAUAUAACAAGGUAUCAGAAAGGGCUCAUGUGGUGGAGCCUUUAAUUUUCUGCUUUUAGUUUGAUUUUGACUGUGUCUAAAUGGAUGGAGGUUAGCACUACAAACACCUGCUAUAAGCUUUUUGCCUGGUACAAGAUAUUAGUCAUGUAAUAUCCUCAGAUGAAAGACGAUGUUUUUCAUUUGUGCCUCCAACUGUUUACGUCAUGACCUCCACCACGUGGCAUUGUUCUAAAUACUGUGACACUGACUGUAAUAUGUUAAAGAAAAAAAGUAUUAUUUUUUUUCCAUCCCAUCAUUGUGACUUAUUUGUUCAGGUAAAUUUUUUUGGCACAUGUAUUUAUGUUUGUAUUUAUUUUAUUUUUUUUAUUUAUUUAAGUAAGUCUAUGGUGUUAUCACUAUGUAAAUGUUCAGUAUCACUUUUUUAUGUAUUGGUAUCUUGAGUGGAAUAAAGUUUGUUGAAAUGCA